UUUACGCAUUGAAUCGUCCUUCGCCGGUAGACGGUCGUCGCGUUUAGUGGGGUUACUGCUAACCUUAAUGGAAUAGUAAAGUAGGUGUGCGUAACGUUUAACGUUCGUGUGAUGUGCAUCAUCUGAUAACUAAACAAAUAUUACGUCCUGACGUACAAGUAAUAAAUUUUAAAAAAUGCAAUCGAUCUCUUGUUUCCUUUGUAAUUUACAGUAGAGUGGAUUUUUACAACUUUUAAUGUGUUGCAUAUUUUAACCUGCAAAUAGAACAUUGUGUGUAGUAAUCAUUAAUGUUCGUGUUAUCAGCUGUGGUAAAGCCUGACCGCUGCUACUUUAUCAAUUCAUGGCGUUUCUAUGGUGUCGUUCGCACGUGGUGGUUCCCGCUCAUUCGCCGUCCGGCCCGCGCCGAGUGAUGCAAUGUUUGUCUGACGCCGCUUAGUUUUUCGGAAAAUUAACAUUAUGAUUAAAAUCGCGGCGCUGUAACCACGUGUUCGGAUACUGAAAGAAUUGAUUUGUUUACCGUUUAUUAAAUAAAACGUUUAAAAUGGCGAAAGUGUCGGCCUCGGAAGGACUAAAACCGAAGGUGAUGGAGGUCGGCGGAGAGUCUGAAGAAGCUGAGGGGUCGCGCGAAGGUCUACACUUGAAAAAGGAGUUGGGCCUGAUGAACGGGGUGGCCAUUAUUGUGGGGGUGAUCGUGGGCUCUGGCAUCUUCGUGUCGCCAAAAAUGGCAUUGAGGUACUCCGGCUCCAAAGGCAUGGCCCUCAUCGUCUGGAUCCUUUCGGGAUUCCUCUCUAUGAUCGGGGCGCUGUGCUACGGAGAGUUAGGAACAAUGAUCCCCAAGUCCGGGGGAGACUACGCUUACAUCAGCGAGGCGUUCGGGCCUCUCCCGGGCUUCCUGUACCUGUGGGUGGCUCUCUUCAUCCUCGUGCCCACGGCCAACGCCAUCACGGCCAUCACCUUCGCAGAGAACAUACUGAAGCCCUUGUGGCCCGUCUGCGACGUUCCCAAGGCCGCCUCCAGCCUUAUAGCUGCAGUCCUUACUUGUUUUCUCACAAUUAUCAACUGCGGUAACGUGAAAUGGGUAACGCGGCUGCAAGACUCGUUCACCGCUGCCAAGGUGCUGGCUCUGCUGCUCAUCUUCUUGGCCAGCCUGGUGCACCUGUUCCACGGCCACACCGAGAACCUCGAGGGCAUGAUGCAAGGCACAAAGACCGAGGCCAGCGAAAUUGCCAUCGCGUUCUACUCGGGCUUGUUCUCAUAUUCUGGAUGGAAUUAUUUAAAUUUCGUAACGGAAGAAUUAAAGGAUCCUUACAAAAACCUCCCCCGUGCCAUCUGCAUAUCGCUGCCCGUCGUGACCGCCGUGUAUGCCCUGACCAACGUAGCAUUCUUCGCCGUCCUGACCAACGCCGAGAUCCUGUCGUCGAACGCCGUGGCCAUCACCUUUAGCGACAAGAUCCUGGGCUCGUGGGGAUGGAUCAUGUCCCUAUUCGUGGCGCUGUGCACGCUCGGCUCGCUGAACGGGGCUAUAUAUGCAUCUUCUCGCCUGUUCUUCGUGGGGGCUCGAGACGGGAACUUGCCGUUGGCGAUAUCGCUCAUUGAUGUGAAGAGGUUAACGCCUGUGCCCUCGCUUUUAUUCAUGUGCCUGGUGACGCUGGUGAUCCUGGUGUGGAACGACGUGGAGGCGCUGGUUGUGGUGGUGACUGCUGUCGAGGCGCUCUUUAUACUGUGCAGCGUCACCGGCCUCCUGUGGCUGCGAUACUCCCGCCCACAGGCCACACGGCCCAUCCGAGUGAGCCUCAUACUGCCCUGCGUCUUUUUCGUCGUUUGCACCUUCCUAGUAAUCCUUUCCUGCUUCGCACACCCGAAGCAACUCGCCAUAGGUCUCUCCUUCACCCUACUCGGCAUACCCGUCUAUUUCAUUUUCAUCAAAUGGCAGAACAAACCCCUCUGGUUCCUCAGCGCAGUACACAGUUUUAACACGGCUACGUCUAAACUCUUUCUCUGUUUACCAGAAGACUCGAAAGAAUUAUGAUCAUUCGAAAAAUUGACUGUGUGUGAUCUAUUUUUUUACGUGCAUUUGUGUUCUUAUUGAACUAUUAUUUAUUUUAAGUUAAUGUUGAGCUGUAAUACAAAAAGAUCUGUAAUUACGCUUGUUUAUAUGUUUACUUAGGAUUAAGUGUGUACAUUCCGUCAAUUAUAAAUUGACUAAAAUUGCUAAUUCCUGUGAACCUCGCAGGGCAUUUUUCAAAUUA